CCCAUUAGCGACGGAGAUUGUAUACGUGUUGCAGUAGCCAUUGGCGGCUCGGAACUGUCCAGUCCCUCCCACCACUGAUAGCUCUCGCCCAGGAAUAUAAUACCUACAGUGAUCAUCCCAGGAAUUUCAGGAUCUCGAGCGUUCCAAUCCAAGGAAGAAAAUGAUUAGCAGGAACGUGCUAAGGCUGCUUCCUGUGUAUUGUCCCGACGUGAAAGCUACGACAAUGAUGUAUCCAGGGCGUGGGCGGCGUUGAUAUAGACGCCCUGGGCCUCCGUCGGCCGUGGCCACGCCGCCAAUUGUGCCAUUGGACGCCCUGGGAUCGAAGAAUGGGGGGCCCGCGGCGUGGAUCGCCGUGGGCUUACUUGUGUUGUAAUCUUCGUGGAUGUAGAACUGGAAAUCGAUGGAUUCGGCAGCGGCCCAGAUGGGCGCGAGGAAGCCCAGCGGUAGCAGUAGCAUUUCUCCUCUGUUUUGGAAAGAAGGUUCUCUGUUUUUAGGGUUCUUGGAAUUAGGGCUCUUGAGAUUUUAGGGCUCUUUGAUUCAAACGAAUUGAUUGCGCGCUCUUUCGUUUUGGUCGGUUACCAGAAACAGCUGCGGCCGGAUCCCAUCGCUCAGCCGCAUGACGACGCAGCGAGCGAAUCUCGACAAAACGCCCAAGAGUUAUAUGGGAACUGUGGGAUCACUAACAGAGGAAAAUGUCGAAGCUCCCGGCCGCGCUCUUGGUUGGAUUCUUCACUAUGUUGGGCACAUCGUCGGCAUUCGAUUUCUUUUACCUCGUCUUGGAGUGGCCUGGAUCAUACUGUGAUGCCGCGACCAGCUGCUGCUACCCACAAUCCGGGAAGCCAGCCUCCGAUUUCUCGAUCCAUGGGCUCUGGCCAAACAAUCUCGAUGGAAGCUACCCCGAGAACUGCGAUCCCUCGAGACCAUUCAAUGCCUCUCAAAUUGGAGGUCUUCGCGGCGACAUGGACGCGCUGUGGAGCUCGCUAUCCUGCCCGAGUAGCAACAGCGAGAAAUUCUGGGCGCACGAGUGGGAGAAGCACGGGACGUGCUCGGAGAAGAUCCUGCGCAGCCAGCGCGAUUACUUCGCCGCUGCGCUGCGCCUGAGGAAGAGCGUGGAUCUUCUGGGAGCGCUGGAGCAAGCAGGAAUCUCGCCCGACGGAAAAUCCUAUCCCCUUGCCCUGAUCAAGAACGCGCUCCAGGACGGAGGAUAUGCCCCUGGAAUCACCUGCAAUGCCGACGACGACGAUUCCGGGAGCUCCCAGCUCUACCAGAUCUAUCUGUGCGUGAGCAAAGAGAAUCUAGAGAUCACGCCCUGUCCUGUGCUCCCUCGCAGCUCUUGCCACUCGAGAGUGGAAUUCCCAGUGUUUUGA